AUGAAGACUGGGAACUCCACCCCCGUGACAGAGUUUGUCCUGUUGGGAAUUUCUAAUACAGAAGGGCUGGAGACCAUGCUGUUGAUUCUAUUCCUGACCUUCUACAUUUUCACUUUGCUGGGCAAUCUUAUCAUCUUCCUCACCAUUCUGGUUUCCUCCAACCUCCAUACCCCCAUGUAUUUCUUCCUGGGAAACCUGUCCGUGUUUGACAUAUUUUUCCCUUCUGUGAAUUCCCCCAAGAUGAUGGUCUUCCUAGUGGGGCAAAGCCACACCAUCUCUUACCAGGGUUGUGUUUCUCAGGUCUUCUUCUACCACUUCCUGGGCUGCACGGAGUGUUUCCUCUAUACUGUGAUGGCCUAUGACCGUUUUGUGGCCAUUUGUCACCCCAUGAGAUACAUGGUCAUCAUGAACCACAGGGUGUGUACUGGCCUGACAGUGGGCACUUGGCUGGGAGGCUGUGUCCAUGGAUGUAUCCUCAUAUUCUUCAUCUUCAGGUUAUCCUAUUGUGGCCCCAAUGAGCUGGACAGCUUUUUCUGUGAUAUCCCUGUGGUGCUGCCCCUGGCUUGUGCAGACACUUCUCUAGCACAGAUGGUGAGUUUCACCAAUGUAGGUGUUGUUUCACUUACAUGUUUUCUUCUUGUUCUCACUUCUUACACUCGCAUUGUUCUCUCCAUACUGAAAAUCCGCUCCUCGGAAGGCAGGCGCAGAGCCUUCUCCACCUGCAGUGCCCACCUAACUUCAAUUCUCUUCUUCUAUGGGCCUGUGAUUCUCGUUUACCUUAGGCCUGCUUCCAGCCCUUGGCUAGAUGCUGUAGUUCAGGUGUUAAAUAAUGUCAUCACUCCUUGCCUGAAUCCUUUGAUUUAUUCCUUGAGAAACAAAGAUGUGAAAUUAGCCCUGACAAAGGUGUUAGUUCAAAUUGCCCACCCUUCUGGGGUAUAA